GAGUGAGGGAUGGUGUGAGCGUGGAUAAACAAAUCCGUGCGCCGUAGAUAGCGUGUCUAGAUGCGCGGCGUUAUCUGCUAAGAAUGGACUCAAUAAACACUUAACAGAUUAUACUUUCGGUGGAAAUUCGUAAAUUGUAUUAUAUUUAUUUCGUAUCAUGGACGAGUUUCUCAAUAAAAAUUUACGUGUAAACAUUUGAACAUAAACAAACAUAAGAUCAAUGGUGUAAAGUGCUCUGGCGCAAUCAAGAAGGGAACAUUCUUGAACUAUUUGCCGUAGAAAUGGCGUAAUUGAUUUUUUCUAUUUUACGACCGCGUUUUUAAUACAGUGUGUGCUUGAAGAUACCACAACGAUUUUGGACCGCACAGAUGUGGCGGCAGUUCAUAGAGACUGGAACUAUCUCCCGAAGCAGGACAGACCACAUGUGACAUCAGAAAGAGAGGACCGUUAUUCGGCUGUAAGGGGACGUCGGUACCGCCGUACGCUGCACGACAACUGUCAUCUGACCUCACAGCAUCCACUGGACGUGCUGUAUCGAGGCAAACGGUAAACAGAAGGCUUCUGAUAAGUUGCCUUUUAUGUUGGAGACCUGCCAUAUGUGUACCUCUGACUCGUCAUCAGAGAAGGGAACUCUCAACACGCCACCUGGACGGUCGAACAGUACGUUCUGGCGUUGGUAGGCAGUCGUUGUGCCAUGCCCACAACGCCUUUCAUCUGUAGAAUAUCGCUGUACUCCCAGCCUACACAGUUGAAGCAAGAUCGGAGCUGUAGGGAAGAGAUCUGCUACAUGUAAACUGUGCCUGCUUCCAGUGUAGCGAGCGAUGAGGUUGUAACAGCCUGGUGUUAAAAGUGUGUCAAGGAGCAGCCGAUGUCGCAUCACCUGGAUCUCGAGCACCACCAUCACCACCACCACAACCACCACCAAGGUGGCGACGAGACCACCCCCUUGCCGGCAUCGGCAGAGGGCGACCACGGCGCAAGCCACCAUGGGGAAGGCCACCAGGGGCACCACGGGGGCUCGAUGCACUCGAUGGUGAUGCACGGGGGCUACAGCGAGACGGUGCUCUUCUCGUGGUGGGUCAUCGACUCGCCCACCAGCUUGGUGGCGUCUGUGCUGGGCACGGCGCUGCUCGCAGCUGUGUUCGAGGGCCUCAAGUACUACCGCGAAUAUCUCUUCUGGCGGAGCGUGACGGCAGCCUCGGGCCCGGAGCGCGGGGCACUGCCGCUGCUACCCGUAGAUGGCGCCGCCGACGCAGAUGCGCUACCCAGGAGUCGGUCCACCGUGUCCGUGCGCAGGGCCAGCGGCAUGCUCGAUCGGCUGCACCUCAUCCAGACCGUGCUGCAGGCGCUCCAGCUGCUGCUCUCCUACGCACUCAUGCUCAUCUUCAUGACCAUGAACGUCUGGCUCUGCUUCGCGAUCCUGGUCGGCGACUGCCUCGGCUUCUUCCUCUUCGCCUGGAAGAGACCCACUGUCAUAGAGACCAUGGACACGUGCCACUAGGCUUGCUACAACACAAACAGUCGAUUCCGGACUUCUCAUCUACUGAACUCCUGUGCAGUGUCUCCCUUGAAGACGAAACUCCCAUUUCGUUGAUCCUGCAAUCAGCAGUGUGUCGAAUGGAAAAGAACUGCUGGAUGCUGGACACUUGUCAAUAGGGUACAGCCAUCCCAGUCCAUUUGCAAUUAGCUUAAUACCACAGUCAGUUCUGUGAUUCUUACACAGUUUUUUUUCUGAAGACGAAACUCCUCUUAUCUGGAUGCUGCAACCAGAUCUGCUUCGAAUGGAAGAGAACCGUUAUCUUCGAGACCAUGACUACUUGGCCCUAGGCUAUGUGCUCCCCGGACAUCCAAUUACACAUCAAAUAAAAGAUGCAUAUUGUCAUAGGGGCCAGUGAUACCUGCCACUAGCCUACAAGCUACCCAUUGCACGUGGAGAAGGCUUGCUGUCUCGCGACUGUGUUCUCGUCUUCUCAUGAACAGAAACCUUGAAGAAAAACUGUUUAUUGACCUUGCACACAGCGUUACUUCGAAUGGGAGACACCUACUGUGAUAUAGACCACGGACACUUACCACUAGUUUUCAGCUAGCUUGGUGGACAUACAAGCAGUUUACUAUCACGCAGAUGUUACUUUCUGGGCAUCUCACUUGAAAAAUGCCUAUGUAUUUUCUCACCUGAAGACGAUGCUCCAGUUUUGAUAUUCCUGCACCCAACUUUAUUUGAAGGAGAACUACUGUCUUCGUGAAGAUGGACAUUUGGCUCCAAGAUAGAGAUGCACAAUGCUCCUACGAGAAUCUUGUCCUGAAAAUUAAACUCCUGUUUUUCUUGUGCUGCUCCAGUUUUAUAUGGAAUGGAAGAUACCUAUUGUCAUAGAGGCAGUGGACACAUACCCAGUUUGCCUGCAAGUGGCUUGCUAUCAUACAGACAGUUGAUUCUGUGCAGCUUCUCGCUCGAAGAUGCAACCCUUGUUUUGCUUCUGCUAUACUGAACUUUUUAGGAAUCGAUAACCUGUAUAUAAUUACGCUCUCAGCGCUGAAGAACGUCGGUGGCUGCGAAAACUUUUCGCCCUCCACCGAAAUCAGGUCAGCGUCGCCGUUGGGAUAUUUUGUUGUACAUGUUAAAACCUGUAUAAUUGCUUGCUCAGUUUUU